UCUCAAAAAUUUCAAGACUCAUGCCUCUCUCUCCCUUGUAACCUAUAGUCUCAUCUACCUUAUAGUCUCAUCUACUUACUACAGUAGUCUCAGUAGUCAGUAGGUUGCUAGUAGCUAGAAGGUAGGUAGAUCGAGCAGUAUAAUCCAAGAGGCAGCAGCGACAUCUCGCCGGCGGUGGCGGCCAUGGCGAGUGGUGGCGGCAGUAGCAGUAGAGUGCCCGGCGGCGGUGGCAACCUGAACCUCCCAGCUGGGUUCCGGUUCCACCCCACUGACGAGGAGCUGAUCGUGCACUACCUCAUGAACCAGGCCGCCUCCAUUCCGUGCCCUGUCCCCAUCAUCGCCGAGGUCAACAUCUACCAGUGCAACCCCUGGGAUCUCCCUGCAAAAGCAUUGUUUGGCGAGAACGAGUGGUACUUCUUCAGCCCACGAGACCGCAAGUACCCCAAUGGCGUCCGCCCCAACCGCGCCGCCGGGUCAGGGUACUGGAAGGCCACCGGCACCGACAAGGCCAUCCUGUCCACGCCGACGAGCCAGAACAUCGGCGUCAAGAAGGCCCUCGUCUUCUACGGCGGCAGGCCUCCCAAGGGCGUCAAGACCGACUGGAUCAUGCACGAGUACCGCCUCACCGGCGGCACGACCGCCGCAGCGGCCGAUGACAAGAACAGCAGCAUCAAACGCAGAUCAGGGUCCUCCAUGAGGCUGGACGACUGGGUGCUGUGCAGGAUCCACAAGAAGAGCAACGAUUUCCAGUUGUCGGACCAGGAGCAGGAGAAGGAGGGCUCAACCGUGGAGGAAUUAGACACUCUUGCCAACACCACCAACACCGACAACAGCAUGAACGACUCUACUGAAACAACAACUCUUGGUCAUCAUGACCAGCUCCGUCAUGAAACGGCGGCCAUGACGACGAUGAGCAAGUCGUGCUCGCUCACCGACCUCCUCAACAGCAUCGACUACGCGUCGCUCUCGCAGAUGUUCCUUGACAUCCCUGCCGAGGCCGAGGAGCCUGCACAACAGCAAAGCACUCCACUAAUCUACCCACCAGCAACACAAACAACACACCAAGCAGCACUUACUAGUAAUAAUAACUAUGACAACAACGUGAUGAACAACAGCAACUUGCCGAUUGCUGCAGUAGACGCAGUGAUAGCAGGCUCGGAUAACAGCGGUGUGAAGAAGAGGAAUAAGAGAGUGAUGGCCGUGGACGGCGCCGCCGCUGAAUCGUGCUUCGAUGAUGGCAGCAGCGACAGUUUCAGUAGCAAGAAACUGAAGCUGCCAAGUGAUUCGAGGAUCGCCGGCCAUUUCGGCACCACAGCAAGCAGCUACUACUACUGCAACAACCAGCUGCAGCUUGUGGACAGCGCGAUGAGUAGUGGCUUUCAUCAGUACAGCAGCCUGUUGCUGAGCAGCAGCAAUCCGUUCUUGAGCCAGCAGCAGCAGCUGCUACUCAACAGCCACAUCGGGAUGCAGUAGAAAUGCUGAAGAAGGGACGGAUCUGAAGAACCUCUCGCCUGUAGAAAAUCUUCGACAGACAGACUGAAGGAUUAUUAUUGGACGGAUUGGAUUGGAUCAGAGCAAAUUGAUUGGAGUUUUCCUUCCCUCUUUGCAUUGCUUUAUUUCAUUUUCAUGUAAAAUUAAUUAAGAUUGUAAAUUAGGUCUGGCUGGGGUGUACUGGAAAUUCAUGUGGCCAUCCAUCAGUGAGUGAAUGAACGAUGACCCACGCCGCCACGUUCCUUGUGGAUGUGUAGAUAUGCUGGCUGUGUUUUUUUGCAUGUGCGUGCUGUUUGAAUCCUUAUCCAGACUGACAAAAGUUAGAGAUUCUAGUACAUUUGCACUCGGGAGAGCUGGAAUUGGAAGAUACCUAGUUGCUUCCUGCU